AUGACAGAUCCAUUUGUUGUUUCUGAAUUCUUCGCACUGCUUGAAGAGACGCUGGCUAAUUUGAAUAUGUUAGAAAAACCUGAAUUUAUUUGGAAUUUGGACGAGACUUCUCUAUCCCUAGAUCCGACAAAAACCAAAGUUGUCGGAAAAAUUAUUAAACCUUGUUCGAGAACAACAUAUGGGACGGGAAAAGAAAAUAUUACGGUCUUAGCGACCGUAAAUGCUGCUGUGAACUGGGUUGAGGCUAAUUUUCAUACGGAAGAAAUGAAUAAAGAAAAUUGGCAGUAUGAAAUAGAAAAAUACCAAAAAGAAGAAGACAAUACGAGAAAAGAAGAAGAACAGAAGAAGAAUACGAGAAAUAUAAAUAUAACAAGGAGAAUACGAGACAAGAAUACGAGAAUACGAAAAAUACGAGAAAAUAAGAAGAACAGAAGAAGAUAA